AUGCGAGGUGGCAAGCGGUUGAUUGCACUCGGCACUGUGCUUCUUUUAUUAUUCAUAUACACAUUUUCGACGCUUGUCACCAACAAAAGCCAUUCUAUAUCGUCAUCCACAUCAUGCCAAGGCGAUACAACACGACGACUACAAUUGACUCAGCCGAAUCUACCAUCAUCAUCAAGCAAAUUGUCAUCAUCAAUCUUAUCCUCGUCUUCGUCUUCACCUUAUUAUCUCAAUCUCAAUAAUCUUAAUGCUACAUCCAAGGCACGUGAACAAGGCGAACAUCUUUUAGUGCUUACUCCAUUGACGAAUACCACACGUGCCAAGUCAUUCCUGGAACGUUACUUUGAGCUACUUGAUCGAUCCACCUAUCCGAACCAUCUCAUUUCUAUUGGAUUACUGGUCACUGAGAAAUCGCUUCUUGAUUCCAAUACGUUCAUGCAUCAGAUACAGCAAUGGCAAGGAAGGUGGUCAAACGCCUUUAACGAUAUCCAUGUUUAUGAGCGCACUAUGCCAGAUUUGCAUAUACAAAGUGAUGGGCCGUAUCAACGAUCGUUAAUGGCUAGAGCUCGCAACAUUUUACUCACAGCAGCCUUACGUGAAUAUCAUAGCUGGGUCGCUUGGAUAGACGUGGAAGUCGUCGAUUACCCGCCCACCAUCUUUGAUGACUUGAUGCGUGCCAAUGUCGACGUUAUUGUUCCCAACUGCUUGCUGCAACGAGAAGAUCACGUGUUUUGGGCCUAUGAUAGGAACAAUUGGGCUGAAACCGAUUAUUCACUCGACAUGCAACAAAGGGUUGGCCAAGAUUACAUUAUGAUGGAAGGAUACAAUGAUGUUGCUUCUGGUCGCUCUCUGCUUGUUGACAUGCCAACGCAUCUUGGACCUGAACAUCGAGUACGCUUAGAUAGUGUUGGGACCACCUUUACCCUUGUCAAAUCGCAUGUGCAUCGAGAAGGAGCCAAUUUCCCACCGUUUGUAUACCAACAUGAAGUGGAGACUGAAGCUUUUGGCAAGGUGGCCAAUGCAAUGGGGUUCUCAGUAUACGGCGUACCUGGUUAUACAGUUUAUCAUGCAGGCGAUAAUACCAACCCACUCUAA